AUGAAAGAAACACAUGUCCAUAAUAACAUACUCGAUAAAAAUGAAAAAAUAGUUCAUGCCCCUAACAACAACAAUCCCAAUCUGAUAAAUAACUCAUCAAAUGACAACUAUAAUAAAAGCUUUAAAAAUUUUAAAGAGGAAUACAUUGAGCAAAAUCAAAAAACGCACACAAACAUGUGUGAACAAAAAGAUAAUCACCUGCACAGUCAGAAUAUAUGUAACCAAAAUUUUAAAGAAAAUGAAAUUAUAAAAUUUGAAAAAAAAAAAAAAAAAAGUGAAAAUUUGAAAAAAAAACGACAAAAAGAAAUAAUCUCUGCAUAUUGGCUAAAAGGUAUUGCUGAUAUAUUAAAUGAAGGAUUUAAAAAUGGAUAUAUUAAAGGUAGUAAUAUUAUAGGAAAAAAAAUUGCAGACGUUUUAAAAAAAGUUGUUGAAAUAUAUCAUUGGGAAAGUGUAUAUGAAUUAAUUGAAAUAAUAAAAUAUUUAGGAAAAGAAAUUAUUAAAAAUAAUAAAAUGGUAUUUAUAAUACCAAAUAUUAUAAGAAGAGUAUUAACUAUAAUAAGAACUGAACAUUUUAAACAACUUUAUUUAUAUAAUAAUAAUUAUAUAGAUAUUAUGAAUAAAAAUAAUAAUAUGAUUAUUGAUGAAUUAACAAAUAAAACAGUUAAUAAUCGUUUUUUAUAUGAGCGAGAACUUUUAAAUUUUGAUAAAUCCCUUUCAUGUUAUUUUGAAAAUUCAUCAAAAAAAAAUACAUAUAAAAUACCUGCAACAAAUACAUUAAAACAUUCAAUAAUUGAAGGAAUAACAGAACUAAUUGCUGAAAUUGAUUUAUCAUGGGGGGAAACUGAACAAAGAACUUCUUAUGACCUGUUCAUGGAAAAUGAUGUCAUUUUAACCAUGGGAUAUUCAUUUGGGGUUGAAAAAUUCCUAAAAAAUAUUAACAAAAAAAAAGAAGGAAUAUCUAUUAUUGUAGUUGGGGGUGAUAUAAAUAGAAAUGGAUUUAAAAUGGCAAAAUUAUUAAGUGAAGAUGGUGUAGAUACAACAUAUAUACCUGACUCAGCUAUUUAUGCAGUUAUACCAAAAGUAACAAAAGUUGUUAUAGGCUCAGUAGCUGUUUCAUCUUCUGGUGGCGCUAUUACUAAAAUUGGUGGAUAUAAUAUUGCUUGUUCAGCAUUUUUUUAUUCAAAACCGGUAAUUAUUGUAUUACCAUUAUUUAAAUUACUUUAUGAUCCAUUAUAUGACCCUUUAAGACACAAUGAAUUACAACCAGGCCCACCAAUGAUUUAUAAUAAUACCGAAAAUUUUUAUAUUCGAAUAUCAAAAUAUGAUUAUAUUCCUCAAAAAUUUAUUAAUCUAUAUAUAACAGAAAUUGGACCUAUAGACUCUUUUCAAUUAUAUAAUAUUGCAAAAAAAAAGUAUCAUCCAGAUGAUAUAGAUUUAAGUUUUGAUUAA